AUGAUUGAAUCUGGAUUUUUCUCGUGUAAUAUUAGUGAUCGUGUUAUAUGUAUUUAUUGUAAUGUUAUUUGUCAACAAUGGAUUCACACCGAUGAUCCUGUUCAGAUACACAAAAUAUUGUCACCCACUUGUCCAUGUGUAAAAAAAUUAAUUUCAUUACAAAACAAUGACAAUAGCAAUAUGAUAAAUAAUAAUAGUGAUAGAUGCAAUGAUAUUGAUUUGACAUCAGCAUAUCAUACAGCCUCUAUUGAAGUAUCAAAGCGUCAUGAAUCUUUUAAUUCAUGGCCUGCACAACAAUUAAAAUCCAUUGAUAAUUUGAUUAAAGCGGAAUUUUGCUAUAUGGGUAUAAAGACAAUUGUCACAUGUUUCUAUUGUAAUGGUUCCAUAGAAAAUUGGAAUGAUAACAAUAAUCCAUUCAUUGAACGUGUACGAUGGUUUCCACAUUGUGCUUAUAUUUGA